UUCACCUUCCAUGCCUUAGCUGAAGUGCAGGUGUUCUCACUUGUCUAAUGACCCUUCCAUACCUGGAGUUCUAGUAUCUUUGUCCUUAUUUCCCUUUCAUUCUAUCUCACAAAGUCCCAGGAAUAAUCUUAACCCCAAAUCACUAUGACACUUCUUUUUUUAUCUCCAGGCCAGCCAGGAUGGCGGCCCCCAAUGGUAAGACAGCAUUCACACACAUCCUGGUGGCUCUCUUUGCCAUGGGUUCCUGGAUUGCCAUUAACGGGAUCUGGGUAGAAUUACCAGUGCUGGUGAAAGACCUGCCUGAGGGUUGGAACCUCCCCUCCUACCUGUCAGUGCUGGUAGCCUUUGGAAACCUGGGCCCACUGGCUGCAACACUGUGGGGCCGCUUGUCAAAGGGUGAACUGGGCCCAAUCCGGGCAGUGCAGGCUCUGGGUGUGGUGGGCAUGGCGCUGCUGGCUCCACUGUGGUCCCAUGUGGUACCUGUGGCAGGGAAGUCCCAUGCUGUGGCCUUCCUAGCAUUAGCCUUUGCACUGGCCCUGAGCUGCUGUGCCUCCAAUGUUACUUUUCUUCCCUUCAUGUCCCGUCUGCCCCCAGCCUUCCUACGAUCAUUUUUCUUGGGUCAGGGUCUUAGUGCCCUGCUUCCCUGUGGGCUGGCUCUGGCCCAAGGUGUGGGUCACCUAGAAUGCCAACCGGCUUCGUCUCCCAGCCCUCGGACCUCUUUCUUGGCAGCCUCACUAGGUCCCAAUGUUACUCUUUCCCCUGACACCUCCCCAUCAGGCCCCAUGGUGCCCAUCUACUUUGAGGAACACUUUUCAGCCAACACCUUCUUCUGGGUGAUAACUAGCCUGCUUGCCAUCUCAGCAAUAGCCUUCCAGGGACUACUGCUCUUGUUGCCACCAAUACCCACCACAACUACCUCCAGGAAUGAAGGGCAGAGGCAGGGAGCCACCCCAGAGGAAGAAGUAUCACCACUUCGGGAGCCAGGAGAGGAGGUUGGGACACCUGAACCAGAGUCAGAAGAAAGAGUCCAAGAUCCACUUCGGCUAUGUUCAGUCAGAGGAGCCUGCCUGCUGGGCCUGCUGGGAGUCACAAAUGCCCUCACCAACGGGGUACUGCCUGCUAUACAGAGCUACUCCUGCCUACCUUAUGGGCGCCAUGCCUACCACCUGGCUGUGGUGUUAGGCAGUGCCGCCAAUCCCCUCGCCUGCUUCCUGGCCAUGGGCAUCCUCUACAGGUCCCUUCCUGGUCUGGGUGCCCUUUCGAUACUAGGCACCUUUUUUGGGACCUAUGUAAUGGUGUUGGCAGCCCUGAGCCCCUGUCCCCCCCUAGUGGGCACCUCAGCAGGUGUAGUCCUUGUGGUGCUGUCGUGGAUCCUGUGCCUAGGUACCUUUUCUUAUGUGAAGGUGGCAGUGAGCUCCCUCCUGCAUGGCGGUGGCCGAGGUGCACUGCUGGCAGCAGGCAUUGCCAUCCAGGCAGGUUCUCUGGUGGGAGCUCUUGCCAUGUUCCCCCUGACAAGCAUCUACCAGCUUUUCCACCAGAGCCAGGACUGCGUUGACAUGUUUUGCCCCUAAUGAUUCCUCAGGGGUUUGUUGUGGGAGUCUCUUCCCUUUGCUACCCCUUCCUUCCCAGGAGUAAAAUAACUCCAUUCCUGCUGGAGUGGCAUGUGCCUUAUUCCCAUGGUGGGGGUGAAUCCCCACCUCUCAGGGAUGGGCCCUGGGGUUAGCUUAGGACACAGAGCCCCCAACCUCCAGGACCCUUUCUUCCCAACAACAACAAAAGCCAAACCUUAGGAAUAGAAGCUGAGGACCAAAGACAAGGGAUUCUGUUGUUUUCCCCAUUGCCCCCCUCAGGCCACUUAUUCCCUGAAUCCCAGAACCGAACUCAUUUCAGCAGACAUUUCCAGAAACCAACUUUGUACAAGACUCCGGGCCAGGGAUUACAGAGAAGAUGACUACUGACUUCUGUGCUGGGCACAUGGGAGCAGGCGACACUCCAGAUAGUGUCCCAUGGGCUCAGACCCCAAGUUCAAUCCCAACAGUAAUUUUAGAAUAAAAGUUCUAUUUUCUA